AUGAACAGGAGGGUUCGGAGGAAAUUGGCAAGGAGGAGACAGGAGAAGGUUGAUUUCGCUGAGCUUGGUGAGUGUUUGACUUUGGAUGAGAGAGGGAUAGUUGAUUGGACUAGGUUGCCCGAUGAUACAUGCUUGAAGAUCUUGUGUGCCUUAUAUUGCCCAGCCCUCGAGCAAGAUGCCAACUUUGUUUCCAAUAACAAUCAUAAAGGUAAACUACUACUUUCUUUUUUCACUGACAUUUUUAAAGAAGUAGCAUCACUAUUUGCCGAUACUACAAAUAAAGAGAGGAAUGUAUUUAUGGAGUGGAGAAAUUUAAAGACCAAGGACAGAAAAAUGGAUGAUGUAAUGAAUUGGCUGGAAUGGAUCCUUUCCCAUUCACUUCUGCGAAUUGCUGAAAGCAAUCCACAAGGGUUGGACAAUUUUUGGCUUAGCCAGGGUGCAUAUCUGUUACUUAGUUUAAUGCGGAGUGCUCAAGAGGAAGUUCAAGAAAGGGCAGCCACUGGCCUGGCAACUUUUGUUGUCAUUGAUGAUGAAAAUGCUAGUAUUCACAGUGGAAGGGCUGAAGCAGUUAUGCGAGAUGGAGGCAUAGGUCUCCUGCUAAACCUUGCAAGAUCUUGGCGAGAAGGACUUCAGACAGAAGCUGCAAAGGCUAUAGCAAAUUUAUCUGUGAACGCCAAUGUUGCAAAAGCUGUAGCAGAGGAAGGUGGGAUAAGCAUCCUAGCAAAUUUAGCAAGGUCUAUGAAUAGGUUGGUUGCAGAAGAGGCCGCUGGAGGGCUGUGGAAUCUGUCAGUUGGGGAAGAGCAUAAGGCCGCCAUUGCUGAAGCUGGUGGUGUAAAAGCUCUGGUAGAUCUUAUCUUCAAGUGGUCUGUCACUGGUGGUGAGGGAGUUCUGGAACGUGCUGCUGGUGCAUUAGCAAAUUUGGCGGCAGAUGACAAAUGUAGCAUGGAAGUAGCGACAGUAGGUGGUGUACAUGCUUUAGUAAAGCUUGCUCAGAACUGCAAGUCUGAAGGAGUUCAAGAGCAGGCUGCCCGUGCACUCGCAAAUCUUGCUGCUCAUGGUGAUAGCAACAGUAACAAUGCAGCAGUGGGACAAGAGGCAGGGGCUCUUGAAGCACUUGUGCAGCUUACUCGUUCUCCUCAUGAUGGAGUCAGGUAA